AUGCGAAAACUUAUAAUUUUCGUAUAUGUUAUGCUACAAGUGCAUGCAGUUACAUCGCAGAGGAAUUUUACUACGACUACACAUGAUGUUUUGAAUAUCGGCAUCGAUAAAUGCCCUCAAGUUAAUUAUUGCACUUGCGUUGAUGACUCAAAGCAAGACAUCAAAUGCCACGCCAUCGGUGAAUCAAAGCUGAAAGAAAUCGAACAAAUCUAUGGGUCGAAUCUACGUCGUCUAGAAAUUUUUUCAUGGGAGCAUGAUGAACUAAAUUUUGACAAAUUCUCCCCAUUUUCACAGCUAGAGGUCCUCAUUGUGCGAGAUAGCGAACUCGAAAUAUUGAAUGGAACUGUCAAACAUCCUUCUCUCAAAGUUCUAUCUCUUCACAAUUCCGAGCUCACAUCAGAUGCAGAAGUUUGUCAUGUUAUUGGUCUUCUUCCAAAACUUGACAAUCUCACAAUCUCCAAUAAUUAUUUUGGAAAGUUUGAGUGUGAUGUAAAGAAUACGAAACUCAGAGUUUUAAAUUUGAGUGAAAACAAGAUAAACCACUUGUUGUUACCAAGCACUGUGAAACAUUUGAACGUCUCCAAGAACUUAUUGACCUCUUUCGAGAACAUAUCGACUGAGCUGACUGAUCUGGAUAUUUCGUGCAAUUCUCUCAAAUCUUGGCCUUCUUCCGAUAAUUGGAAAUUCCCGAAUUUGAGAACUCUCGGAGCUGCUAAGUUGAACAUUCAAACUGGCUUUCAACUUGAUGCACCAGUCCUCGAAUCUCUCAUUAUUGAUGGCUCGGCGCUUAGAUAUCUUAAUUUUCACAAAAUUAAAACACCAAAAUUGAAGAGGCUCUCCGCUCGACACCUCGUGGAACUUCGAAAUGUCGCAGGACAACUAUCAUCUACCGUAAACCAUGUGGAAAUAACUGAUACCAUGCUACGAACUUUACCAGCUGACUUUAUCACAAGUUCUGCUUCAUCGUCCAAUAGUCCACACAAAAUGGAAUUUGCGUUCACUACCAGUAGAUUACUUUGUCAUGAAUGCCUACUGAAAUGGUCACUUCCUGUAUAUUUGCAGACAAAUAUACGAAAAGAGUGUAACAUGACAAGAGAGGAGAUCGCAUCAGCAACUUGUGUUCUCGGAGUCGUAGCUAAUGACACAGGGAUUCAAUACGGAAAAUACGGGAAACCAACCGCACUUUCUUGUUUUUCGUACGGAACACCGUCUCCGAAAAUCAGUUGGUGGAGAUUUAGACCAUCGGCGUUACUUGGUUCAUACGAUCCAAAAACAGAUAAAAUCAGUUACACCAAUGUUUCGGACAUUAUGCGAGAGAGUUAUUCCAUUCAAUCCGGCGGCUCUUUGCUUAUUCAUUCUCCAAAUCGAUCCCACGUCGAACGAUAUGUAUGUGUUGUAGAAAACAAUACUGCAAAAGAAUGGGGAAUAUACCAACUCGAUUAUCUUGAUUGGUACGGUUAUGAUGUCUUUCAUUCCGUCUUCUGGGGUGGGCUUGCAACAUCACUAAUAGUCUGUCUCAUCUCUUUCCUGCUCAAUAUCACGUGGAUUCUGACAAGGAAAAGUGCUCUGUGGUGGAUUCAAAGAGCGGAACGACUUUCACGAGUUCGGAAAAUGGUGGAAGCGAUGGAGAAAUAUCGUGUCCGACAAAUGGAAUCGCUUCAUCAGAAGUAUACAAAUAGAGUCCAGAUCGUUCGUGACAACUACCAUCAACAAGUUGAAGCUCUACGUGUUUCAUACGCGGCACAACAGGAGAAAUUCCAAAAUUACAAAGCUGCUCAAGUUGAUGCGGUUCAUUCACAUCUGGAUGCAAUGAGAGAUGGAUACAACAAUCAAUUGGGAAGAGUUAGAGAGUAUGGAUCGAAGCGUGCAGAACAAUUGUGGGAGAGUUACGAAAGACAGGUCAAUCGAAUGCGAACAUUCAGUUUACAACAUCGUCUGAAGAUGAUGAGACAGUAUAAAGUGAAGCAGCGAUAUGUAAAUAAACUACUCGAAUCAUUUCAAGCUUCUUCUCCAGACGUACAAUUAGAAAACGAAGAAAAAGUUCGUGCCGCUCUAGAACUUGCUGAUGAUAUUGGUACAAUUGAUGGUUCAAUCGACACUCCUUCGCGACUUUCAAGAAGUUCUUCAUUUCACAGUCUUCCUGAAUAUGUUAUCGACGAACAAGGCAAUGUUCGACCAGGAAUUAUUCCGACGUCUUCAGCUGCUAUAAGGUUCCCAAAACCAACAACAUCUUCUACUUCAAAUGGUGCAAGCACCUCUUCUCCGAGUUCUUCUGGUCCUCACCGAUCUCCAGAUUCUCCUCCUCAAAAGUGA